AGAGGGAGGGGGCUCAAAAUGGUCGCGCUUGCUUUGAAAAAUAUGUUUGGCCCCAUGAAAAUUUAGGCCCAAUUUCAUAUAAAUAUGUCCAAAAUUAAAAAGUAAUGCAUAUUAAUGCCAGUUUGGUACCUUUAUUACCAAGAGUUUUAAGAUUUUUCUGGGUCCACCAACGCCCCCCCCCCCCCCCAGAUCCACCAGAAAUCUGAUGAAUGUUAAGUCCCAAACAGGAAUGAAUGAGUUGUCUAAAGGGGACAUGUUGUUGCCAAAUUAUUGAGGUGGGGUGUACUUCUUAUUAGAGAAGAAAAUACUGACAUCUAUAAUCUGUUUAGCUUGAAAUUAAUCAAGAGGAGCAUAUAAUAGCACUCAGAUUACUGAUCUGGACACCCUAUACUGAUCUUUUACUUAGAUGUUUUGUAUCAUCUUUCAUUUUGGAUUAUAAAUGAGAAAAACUGACUGAAAAAAUACUGACUCAAAACUCUAAAUCAAUGCUUCAAAUUUAUUAUUUUCAGGGACCAUUUGGAAGCACAUUAAACUUCUGGGAUUUCAUCAAAGCUUUGAGAUGGUUAGAGCCAACACUAGCUCCCUCUAUUGAGAUGUUCUCUCCAGCAGACGACAGUGGUCACCAAGGUGAAGGUCAAGGAGAACUCUGGGUAAAACAGAGUCUCAUUCAACACCAGUUGUCUUAUCAGUUGUACAUUUUGGUAAAUAGUGGAGGACAUAUAGUGGAUCAUUACGAAGGUAAGAAAAUAGAACUGAUAUAUUUAUCUGGGGGACAUUUCUGUAAAAUUCUUAGCCAAAAAAUCGUCAUUAGUGAAAAUUUUGUCGUAAAUGUUGAUAUUAUGACAUCAUAAUUGGAGAACUGAAAGACUUAUGAAUUCAUAAAUAAGAAAUGACAGAAAUAUAUCCCAACCAUCUAAUUCAGGGGAGAAAAUAGGUAUAGGUAAUUUUUGGUAUUGCCUCUGACUUGUGUAUACAUGUAUACACAAAUGGCCUCAAGUAAUGGGCAACGAGACUAACUUAUAAUCCAUGAUUCAAAUAUGCCACCA